GGUGUCUCGGUGCGCCUACUGUAUCUUUUUUUAACGACCUCGUUGCCGUAUUUGCUCGGCGGUGCCCGUCACCCGUGUCAGCGCCGUUUCCGCCGCGGCAUACGUACUAAUUCGUCGCACACACCUACGCUCUUCUAGAAACGCGUGCGUCACUCCUCUGGUCUGUCAGUGUCUGCGGCGCACCAGCGUAUGGACAUGAUUUUCAUCCCCUUCAUCUUUCCGAUCGGCGGCUGCACGUCGGUACGUCGCAUGUGGCCGUACGCCGAGAGGACCCGUGUGACGCGAUACGACGUCUACCACUUCCCGCAGAACGCGCUCCUGGUCGGCGAGCUGCCUGGCGACUUCCUGCGAGUGGACACCACACCCGCCACCGGCACACCGAGCCAGAUCUCGGUCGACGAGCAGACUGCCAUUGCACUCCAGCAGCAGCUGUCGGGAGCUGCGUUCACCACUGCGCAGGCUGUUGGACGACUCAGCAUCUCCGUCAUACAGGCAAAGCUGGUGAAGAACUAUGGCGUCACACGGAUGGACCCUUACGUGCGGAUUCGCAUUGGACACAAUGUGUACGAGACGCACACAGACUAUAACGGUGCCAAGAACCCUCACUGGAACAAGUUGUUCCAUUGCUUCCUCUCACCAGGCGUCACAGCAUUCCUCGUAGAAAUUUAUGAUGAGUGUGCAUUCACAGUUAACGAGAAGAUAGCCUGGGCACAUGUGGUCAUCCCGGAGGCUGUCUUCUCCGGCCAGACCGUCGACAUCUGGCACCCUUUGUCGGGUCGCCAGGGCGAGUCCAAGGAAGGCAACAUCAACCUUGUCCUCUCCUAUCAGGCAAUUCCUCCGGGAUCCCUCGCCGCACCACCCGUGGUUCUGGUCAACACACCCUACAUGAUGCCGGGUGUGGUGCAGUACCCUGCUGCUGCUGGCUAUGUGUACCCACCAUACACCGUGCCUGUCGCGCGACCUGGCAUGGUGGCCCCUGGCCCCGGCUUCAAUCCGGCUUUGCAGCCAGCGGCUCAGCAGCCGCCACCACCACCAGCCCCAAUCACCGAGGAUGACGUGAAGCAGGUUCAAGAGAUGUUUCCGGAGAUGGACGCCGAGGUGGUCAAGGGUGUCCUAGAGUCCCACCGAGGCAACAAGGACGCUGCUGUAAACGCACUGCUUUCCAUGAACGAUGCCAGUGCCUAGACAAUGUCCUGUACAUAACAAUUAAAUGAGAGAAGAUUUGGCCUAACAAAAACCGUAACCCAAAGCUGGAUGUAGCCAUGUCUUAAAGGACCGUUGUCUUGUUUUCUUUUUUUUUUGUAAAGGUUUUUAUGGAGCGCAGUAAUGACAGAAAUGAGGCUGCCGGUGCGCUUUAUACCUGUGCCAUACGGGCGAGGUGAAUGUCACUAACCCUGUAAUACCCAAACACAGUUCCGCACCAAUGAAAAUUUUAACUCGUUCACCUUUGUUAUUGGCCACGGAGCGUUACUUGUACAAGACAAUUGUUAUUUGAGGUAUAGUAAAUGAUUGAUUAGUCAUUGCUUCGCUGGGCUAUCCACGACUGAAAACUCGCUCUAGCUUAUCAAGACUGCUACUACAAGCUACACUUUGUUUUUUGUGUUAAACACAAAUUCUGAAGGAUCAAACUUAAUGUAGCAUAUAUAAUACCUUGGGCACUACAGGGUUAGAAGUCUAGGACAUUCAAUCUCGUAAUGACUUUGUAUCUGAGGUUGCUGCUACAUUAACGUUUUCUAUUACAUUAAACGUCGGGAUGGCGAUAGCUGCAAUGAAUGCAGCAAGUUCGUUUGCAAAAUUGUAACAUUGUCAGAAAUAAUACCUGGCAGGCUUAAGUUCAAGCAACGCCACUAAAAUAUUUCAUAUUUAUGUAUAGGCGCAUUUUAUGUAGAAUUGCUCCAGACUGAUUUAGAAGUCUGUAUGAUGUGUGGUUGCAACAUCUAACACGGGAGUGAGAAUAGGCGCUCGACGAAAGAAAGCUAUGAGAACGCUUUGUGGUGCAAGUGGCAUUAUGUUUGGAUGCCAUUAAGUGCGCCCAUGUGGCAUCAUGCCAUUGGCAUUAAAACUUUAAGGUGUUGAGCAGUCGAGUCCAUGUGGCACAGGUAUUAGCCGCAGGGAGUCAUCUGCGCAGGUUUGGGCGACGUUUGUUGAACAGUUGAGUCUAUGUAUAAAGUGUUUAUUCCAUGUGACAGAUCUACUGGCUGUGUUUAUAAAAAGGCCUCGACCCAGAAGGGUUCUUGAACUCUGAGUAUAGUAUAUGACGUUUCUCAGCUUAAGGAGACGUAACGUUUCACUAACGCUCCUUGGUGGCUUUUGCAAUAAGGAGCUGCCGGAGGAAUGCAUUCUUAAUCCAGGGUCUUUCAGCAGAAGCUGAGGGUGCCACCUUACAAAACGGCUCUAGAAUUGCCGAGGAGCACCUGUUCGAAUCAGUUUAGCGACAGCACUGCAGUUGGCAUGACUGUUGUGCUGAACGUCACAUAAAUAGGAGAUGGCUCAUUCGUGCUAAACUUCAUGCAGAGGUGGCGUUUCAUGGUGCAUGCAUUUAAUACCACCUUUGUAGGAAUGGGGCUCUACUUGCCUCUUUAGACCAGAAUAAAUCAAAAUUAUGCAGUCACCCGUAGCUACGCCAGAGAGCAGAAAGAAUUUGUAGGAACUGUACAAUGGCGCCCCCUCUGACUCUAAUGGCGAACUGAAGUGCGUGCAAUCGAUCUGUCAUUGCACAUGAAUGACAGAUGGAGCCAUCACUGCAAUCCCGCAAGUUCUCCCUAAAAAUGUAGAAUUUGCAUUAGUACAGUCGAAUCUCGAUAAUUCGAAUUUGAAGGGGCACGAAAAUUUGCUCGAAUUAAAAAGAAAUUCGAAUUAAAAGAAGCUAAUUGAAUGGAGGACUUACCUGCAAUGCUGCAUAUUCACUGAGCUAACACAUGAGUGGGAAGUUCCACAAGAUUUAUUCAUUCGUGUUUACAAAUUACAGUCAAUUAUUAGGUGUAUCGUUGCUCGUUCGGUGAUAGGAGAUGGCGGGUGCACACAUGUAUAACUAAAGGACACACACCACAUCCCGUGACAAUUGCCCCUUUGAACUUCUAGUAGGCUUCACCGCUUAUGACUGGCUGUAUUGGGGCGAAGUUGACUUUCGGGAACCGACAUUAUUCAAUGCACCACACAUUCCGCGCUCCAAAGUCAUUGGCGAGGAUUGCAAAUGUGGAUUCAACGCCAUUGCUAACAGCGACGAAUUGUUUCAAUGAAAAACACGGCACCGAACAGCAAGAAGCUUGGUAACGAGCGUCGAAGUAACUAGGCCCAGCGUUGUCACUGUGUGGCUGCAGCUGCCAACGAAUCUGCUGGUCGGAGGCGCCGCAGCGUGAUUUGGCACGCUGCUGAGAGCAUUGUCAGAGUGCAGCAUGCUUUAAUUAAUCGUCGCAAAUGCUUGCACGUUUGAAUUACUGGCCGUUUUUGCCCAUUAGAACACGCAUAACUUUGACGAGACCACAGCGUCAGUUCGAAUAAACAGAAAAUUUGAAUUAAGCGUGUUCGAAAUAACGAGAUUUGACUGUAAAGCCAUGACGUCACCUCUCACUCUAAUAGCAAAUCAAGGCAUGUGCUGUGUUUUUGCCUAACAAACACAGGUGGUGCCACUGUUCCCACGGAUUUUGUAUUUGUCAUCUGGCAUUGCUACAGAUAAUGGGUAUCCCUGAUAUAUAUUGAGCUGAAUAGGCAAGUGAUGCAUUGAAACAAGGCAUUAAAUUUCAUCCCCCGUGAAGUGCCAGCUUUGUAUGAAGUCGUGCAACUUGGGCUCCCAUUUAUUGAAGAUUAGGUACAGGAACGUUUCUCUCGGACUAUUUGUCUUACAGUUUUCACUGUUCUUUCCAUUGCAACGCCGCAUACUUCUUGUUUCAAUACACGGUCGGAAAAAGUGUCUCACUUUAUUUUUCACAUGUCUCGUAGAGCGUUAAGAUUCACAUACUGACACUGCAGGUUAACCAAGCUGUAGUUUUUCUUGGUUGCAGCCCUGUGGAUAAGAUAUACUUUUCUUUGAAUGCUGUGCAUUCUUUAUUCUCUGUUGAAGCAGCUUCCGCGGGAGUUACAUGUACCAUGCAUACAUAUGCUUUGAGCAAGACUUCAGCAAGAUGCUUGUCUUUCAUCUAGCAUAUGUCUCACUUUGUAUGUGUUUCGUUCGCGGGCCCAGUGCAUUUUGCGAGAGUUGUCAAAAAGGGCAUGUCGGGUGCUGGUGCUUUGUGGCGCGUCUGUUCCACUUAUUUUGCUUGCAGGCUUAGAAUGCAAAUUUUUGGUGUUGUGUGUAAGGUUUCUUUUUUUAAAGCACUAAGUUCGGAAUGCAUGGAUAGAAUUUCAGGCUGCUAAAUUUCAGUUUGAUCAAUAACGAUCAUGCAUACAAGUGUUGUGAUGUCUUGUGUAAUCACGCCGUUAAUAUAUUUGCCUAUAUAUAAUGCAAGUUCUUUUUCCCUUAAUGCUUAAUAAUAUGCCUUAAAUUUUUGCUUGUAAGUGAGCCUAGAGCUGUACCCGAAACCAUGCUACAUACGAAUGUAUUGGUUAAUCAAAACUAAUUGGUAUAAUUAAGCAAUGGCUUGUGCUCACCAGCUUUGCAGUUAUAUGCACGCAUCACUUUGUUUCCUUUAUUGAAGGGGCCCUGAAGCACAUUUCUUUGAAGCCUCGAAAAUGCCUUUGAACAAGUAUGGUUCCUCCCAGUAACAUAUUACCAAAAUAAAUUUUCAGAUAGACCUAGUAUGAGCAUAUACAAUUCGAGUGUGGGAUUUGCCUUCCCCUUCGCCCUCACUGUCCUCCAUUCUGAACGAACAGGAGAGCACAAAUGGCGAUACCCCGCCUUCGGCAUCAUGGUGAGCGGGGUCGUCACAGCCCACCGUGGUGGCCGUGGUAUUAGUGCUACGUAGCAGAUGCAGCUACGUGUGGCUACAUGCAACUCUAAGUGCACAGCAGGGCUGUAGUGCGCACUCGCGUACUCCAUCCUGGCCGUGCUACAGGGUGCAGAAGCGCUUUGUCCUGCACAAAUAGUGGCCGAAUCCAGAUGCACACUUUAUACUGCUCAUUACAAAGGUCAAUGCAAAGCUCUUCAAGCCAGGAGCGGCCGGGAAUAAACACACACUGGCAUGCGUUCCUUGUGGAUGCUGACCCUAUCCAUCCCGAGGCAUGGCAGGCAUAGCGUACGUGUUGUAUGGGGCUUAGCGUCGCGUAGAUUGAGGCUAGUUGAAUGUUCCAGUUCAAUCAUAUGUAGCGAGAGCCGAUGGCUACGACACUCCGAUAAGCAAUGUGGCCACAGUUCUAUUUCUGUGCGUACGAGCGCGGCCGAGUGAGCAGACGACAAUCUGCUCAUGCUUCGUGUCGGCCGUUGGCCAAUAGCGUUCGUGUAGGGAGUGUACUAUAUUCCAAAAUAUGGCAGCCCCAAAAAGGGUGAGGAGGAAGCAUCUGUUGAAAAGAGUGUUUGACAAAAAGGUGACGUGGCGCUCCGCUUGCAUGCCCCGCAUACCACUCACGAGUGUAAAAUUUGGCUGAUACGUUCACAGGCAGUGCAUGCUAUCUGCAGAACGUGUUUUUAUUUUCCACCUAGUUCAAGGAGUGGUUCAGGGCCUCUUUAAUAAAGCCUUUGUUAUCAUUGACACAUGCAUCAUCAGAUCAUGUUGCAGUCGUAGCAAUAUACUUUUGUUUUCGUUUUUAAAAACUUGGAUAUUUGCAAAUACUGUAACAUGGACUUUGCUGUAACAAAAUCAAGUUUUAGUAAUCCUUCCUCCGGACUAGAUUAUUCACCACCUCUGUGAAAUUAGCAGUUGGCACCCAUGCCCGGCUCACGGAGUUAGAACGAAUUUUGCCUUGACAUGUUGUAUAAGUAGUGUUGUUCAUGGACCCAUGGCGUUUGUGGACCAAUGAGACCACUAGCAGUUGCUGUCUAGUUUGCUUUGCAGCUGGUUUCUGAUUCCUACUCUGGUAUGAUCUGGGGCAAUGUUCUUGGGCGAUCACUUUUGGAGAUAGUUUCACUUUUGGAGAUGGGCUCGGAACUAGACACAUCGCGUGUACAGCCGACAGUGUGUCUGUCGCUGGGCCAAGAGCGCUCUCGGCCAGUAUGCUCCGGCGCGUGCAACGCAGAAUCUCGCGAAAGUGAAACUAUCUCCUAAAGCGGCCGACUGAGAACACCACUUAUGGCCCAGAAUUGUGGUUUGUUCUCGAGUUCAGAAAAUAUAAUCCAAGCAGCCUGAAACACUGUAUUGUGCUCUUCCUUGUUUCCAUCUGCAGUUGAAAAUUGUUGUUUCCUUUUGGUAAUGCUGCCUUCAAGGUUGCGAGGGAAAGAAAUUUGCGCACAAAUAUCAUCAAGCAUCUUGGUGCAGUGCAAGAGCUUGUGGGAAGUGUACCACCAAGCAAUGCUAAAUUUUUGGCGUGCUUGCAUGAGCAAUGUUGUGCGCUAGACAUGUUCCGUGGUUUCUUGUUAAAUUUGUUGGUUUUUCCUAUGUACAGUGUUUGUGAAAAAUAUUGAAGCCACUGUGCUGCAGGGGCACCCCUUGCAUCCCUGGAGAAAGUUUGUUGCGUUGUAGUUGCAGAAAUUCGGAGGGAGAAUAUUGCUCAUUACAGUGUGCUUCCAAGUAAUGUGCAACUUCAGCUCUGACAACAGUAUCCUACGAUAGAUCAGGUUUCUCACAGGAUAAGUGGUUUCAAAACUGCCUACAAAAACCGUAUGCAAAAGCAAGGGUCCCACAAAAAUGAGUGUCAUCACUACAUUUGAACUUUGCUGAUUCGCUGGCUUGAUUAGCGUGCAUUUCAAACCCUUACAGCAGUGACGACGGGAAAGUUUUCAAAAAUGUUUGUUCUUGGCAUGCGAUGUGCGAGGAGAGUGGCCAUUUGAGUUGAAUAACAUUUCUUGUCAAUUAUAGAUCAUGUUCACGUCAUGUGCCAAUGUGUGUCUACCGUGCAGACAUGAAGUAGUUGGCAAAACACGAGUUUGCAAGAGGUGUGUCAUGUUUACAGAUGUCUUAGACAUUGGUUGGUCGUUGCAUAGAGCAUGUAGAUUAUAAGCUGCAGUGCUAUUAUGUUGUCAAGAAAGGACCAAGGAACACGUUGAUGAGGCAGUCUGCUUAAGUGUGCACUGCAAGUGGAAUUUUUCACUUACUAACUUUUCAGUCAAGCACAGUGGGGACAAAACUGCUACAUGCUAUGUACCAUUGGCUUGUCCAGGAUCGUGAACAUUUGCAUUGGCUGUACUCGAAUGCAUAUUGUGCGUAGUGGUACAGUUAUCUUUGCACAUGAGAACACAGAAGCUAAGUCCUGAUGUUCUAAAAGACAUCUCUAUUGGGAAAUUUGGCCUAUAGGAAACGAAAACUUACUGUGAAGGUUACGCUAGGUGCCAACUCCGAGAUCUGAAAUUAUUGGUUGCAUAACACAGCACAGCAGUGCUGCGUUAAACAUCGCAACGACAGACUCACUUUUUUUGAAGCCUAAUUACUAUGAUGCAGCUUAUCUUGAGUGGUUGCAGGCCUUUGAGCAGGUACUAGUCACUGGGUAUACACAAACCCCUGUUUGAAGAUUGCAGAGACCGUUCGUUCCUAUGCUCUUGUAACGUCAUGAUGUUACAGUUUGCUGAAUGUUACUUUAACUGGAUUGCAUUGUAUGGGCUUAUCUGAGAGUGCGCUGCAUGCUAUCACUUGGCUAGACUUAGCAUUUAGCGGACAAGUGUCAUUGAAUAUUUUUUUUAGAAAGGUAAUGGCUUGGCUUAAUUUUUCAGACUGACAUUUUUUUAACUGGCUUCGCCGACGUAAUCUUCCGGUUUCCCCACAUUAUCUUCUGAUCUUCCUUAAGAUGAAGAGAUCACUCGGAGUAGAUCACACGACUGCCUGUAGCCGAGAGCUUUUCCUUUUUGAAAUUGCAGGAGUUCUGUUGUCUAGAACACAAAAGGGGGGUCAGGUGCAUUCUAUUUAACUUGGGUGAGCUGCAUUAAAUCACAGUUUAAUUCUAGCAGCAAGUUGGAAAAUGAGUCAUGCUCAUUUUAAGCGGGCCACAUUAAGGAAACAGGCCAGCAGCCAUUGCACCAUGGCAUCCUUUAGGGCACAAACGCACAGUUGCUGCUAAGCCGUACAGAUCUGUGCAGGGUUUCAUGCUAGAGGUGUGGUUUGUUUCUGUUUUCUGUGCGAGCUGUUCAUUAGUGGCGUGUUGAGCCAAUGAGGUGUGAAGCAGGGCUACUGUACAACUGCCAGCUUUUCAAAUUCUGCCUAUAGACAAGCUGCAUGUUUGUAAGGGGCGCAGUGCAGGCAACAAGAGCUAACGCCUACGUUGCAGAAGAGCAGAUGGCACUGCUCUUCCUAGCCCUUGUUAACUGCUUCGAAACUUCGAUAGUAGUAACUUCGAAAGUAAAACAACUUUGAAAUCUCGGGCACCUAGCCUUGCCUUUGGGGAAAAUUCAUGCCAUUAGAGUUUGCCAAAUUUCUUUUUGCCUGUAGUGAAGGUGACGGCAGUGAUGCCACGCUAUGCAGCUUGUCUAUAAGUGCCUCGAAAACAUUGUCUUUCUGCUGGAUGUGCCAGAUUUGCUCUAUGCAGCAUGCAUAACAUGGCAGACUACAGAGGGUAGGUCGCACAUAGUGUGUUGUCCGAGAUCUGUGCCCCAGGCAGCCAACAACAGUGGUCGUGUGCAACCUGGCCGCCUCAGAGAUUGGCUGCAGAGGCAACACAAGGAGCGGGGGUUUGAGUUCUUUUUUCUUUUUUUUGCUUAGUAGUGGUGAGCACGACUAAAGUUUGGCCGCCUGGGUCGCCAAUCGGAGGCCAUGUGACAUUAGAUCCGCCUUUGUGGAACAGCAGCAUGCUGGCGCAGGCUGCGAUUUCUAUCUUCAGGAGAGCACUGUAAGCAACAGAAAGGGUGUCAAACACAGUUAGCUGACUGACGCAGUUACCUGGAAUUAUUGGCGAGACAUGCAUUUCAAUGUUUUGGAUCCGACUGUGAGUACAGUGCGUGUGUGACCACUGUGGGUGGCGAGUGUUUGAAGAAACUGGUCCGAAUUUGUUGUUCCCUUUCGUUUCCCCUGGGAAUGUGGGUCAGAGUGAGGCGUUGGUAGCCGUGCCAUCUGAUCUGUGCACUGGCUGCACAGAGAGAAUAUACCUCGUUCCUUUUGGCAGAAAGAUUGUGUAUAAUAAUUAUUACUUGUGUCUGGUCUUUUUCCUGUACAACUGCUGCUUGGUGGCAAUGUGAUAAUAAAGACAUUUCUUUCGUAUCGGUACA